UCUAUAUUUUUAUCUUUCUAUCCUAUCACCAAAUCAUAUAUCAAUUCUAUCAUUUAUCUCUCGUAUCUUCUUUUCAUUCAGUUAAAAAAAAAAGGUUUCCCCAUCCCAUUCAAUUCAGGUAUCCACCACCAAACAUUUUCUAUCUACAUAUUGAAUUAUUGAUGCCUUGCACGUAACUUUCUGCACAAUAGUAACACUUGUGAGAUAAACAUGGCCGCUGGAGCAGGUGUUGGCUCCGCCGGCACGAAGACUGCCCUGAUCACCGAAGUCAUCACCGGGCGAUGGUUCGUGGUGUUCGCCUCCUUCCUCAUCAUGUCAGUCUCCGGAGCCACCUACAUGUUCGGCAUCUACUCCGGCGACAUGAAAACCACCCUCGGCUACGACCAAACCACUCUCAACCUAAUCAGCUUCUUCAAGGACCUCGGCAGCAACCUCGGCAUCUUCUCAGGCCUCAUCAACGAGAUCGCUCCGCCGUGGGUGGUCCUCGCCAUGGGUUCUCUCCUCAACUUUUUCGGCUACUUCAUGAUAUGGCUCGCACUCACAAAAAGAAUCCCAAAACCCAGUGGCUGGCACGUGUGCCUCUACAUCUACAUGGGUGCGAAUUCUCAGACAUUUUCCAACACUGGUUCCUUAGUCACGUGUGUCAAGAACUUCCCACAAAGCCGUGGUGUUGUGUUGGGAAUGCUCAAAGGCUAUGUUGGACUCAGUGGAGCUAUCAUCACACAACUCUACUUUGCUUUCUAUUACAAUUACAGUGAUGACUCCAAAUCCAAGGCUUUGAUUUUGCUCAUAGCGUGGCUCCCUGCUGCCAUCUCCUUCGUUUUCCUUCCGACAAUUCGGUACAUCAAGCCCGUCAAUCAACGCAAUGAGAUCGCUGUUUUCUAUAAGUUUUUGUACAUUUCACUUGGCCUUGCUGGGUUUCUUCUAAUCAUGAUUAUAGUGCAGAAAACUGUCUCCUUUAACCAGAUUGAGUAUGGCGGAAGCGCUGCAGUGGUGCUUUUCUUGCUCUUCCUUCCACUUCUUGUUGUCUUCCUGGAACAGUUCAAGAUUCGUCAGAGUCAGAAGCUUGCAUGCGUUGAUUCCUCGCCGCUGAAAAUAGUCACUGAAACAGGGGGAAAACAGGGGAAAACAGAGUACUCUGUUUUAGCAAAUGAUGAUAGUAACAACUCUGUUUCCUCUGUUUCAGCAAAUGGUAAUAAUGCAAUAGAAGAAACUAGGUGGUGGCACUGGAAGAACAUUUUCAACCCACCUGAAAGAGGUGAGGACUAUAACAUACUUCAAGCCCUUUUCAGCUUGGACAUGAUAUUGCUCUUCAUUGCUGGGACAUGUGGUGCUGGAGGAACUUUAACUGCAAUUGACAACCUGGGUCAGAUUGGAAUCUCACUCGGGUACCCGAAGGCUAGCAUAAGCACAUUUGUUUCAUUGGUGAGCAUUUGGAAUUACUUAGGAAAAGUGUUUUCUGGGUUUGUCUCUGAACAUGUUCUAACAAAGUACAAAUUCCCAAGACCUCUAAUGCUGACUCUGACUCUGCUCUUAGCCUGUGUUGGCCAUGUUUUGAUAGCCUUUGACGUGCCCAAUGGUCUCUAUGCUGCUUCCGUGAUCAUUGGAUUUUGUUUUGGUGCACAGUGGCCUUUGGUCUUUGCCAUAAUUUCGGAGGUGUUUGGACUCAAGUACUAUUCAACAUUGCAUAACUUUGGUGGAAUAGCGAGCCCAAUUGGGCUAUACGUGCUUAAUGUGAGGAUCACUGGGUAUCUGUACGACAGAGAGGCUAAGAGGCAGUUGGAGGUAGCAGGGGUUUCAAGAGAGGUUGGACAAGAACUGAAUUGUGUUGGGGCCAAUUGCUUCAAGUUGUCAUUUGUGAUCAUCACUGCAGCAACGUUAUUUGGUGCCAUUGUUUCCCUUGUUUUGGUAGCUAGAACAAUCAAGUUUUAUAAAGGUGACUUGUACAAGAGGUACAGGGAGGAGGCAGAAGGAGGUGCUGGUGAGACGGUGGUGGUCCAAAAUGGCGGUGAGAGAGGACAAGAACGCAAAGUUGGGUUGUGAUUGAUGUAGGCCUAAGCUUGAAAAUUCCUACCCGCAACUACAUUGACUUGGAAAAUAAAUAAAAUGGAGAAAGUUAUGGUCAUAUAUAA